AUGGCAGCGUCCACGAGAAGAUGCUGUGGUCGUCAAUUCCCUAAAAUUUUGAAGAGAUUUCCAGAGACUUUUACAGAUAAUAAUCGAAAAUGUGUUCGUUUUCUAAGGAGAUUUCACAGUGUAAGCAAACCGUCCAUUGUUGAAGCCAGUAACGCAAGUGGUUGGUAUUUAAACUAUAUUUCUAGGCGAUUCCAGUACACAUAUCAUCAACACCGUUUUUUCCGUGGGAGGCAUGCAUUGGACACGCAGGAUAAGUGCAAAGACUUCGUCGUGUCUUUAUUUCCCAACGAGAGGACCCUUGUUCUAGCCGAGCUUCAAAAACUGCAGGAAUUACAUCAAAAAAAGGAUAAAGAAGAAGUAGUUCCCCCAACAAAAGCCCAAUUGAGACUUGUGGCACUCAGUAAUGGCAUUCCAUUUAUUGGUUUUGGCUUCUUGGACAACGCAAUCAUGAUCGUUGCGGGUGAUUACAUAGAUCUAACAAUAGGAGUAACGCUUGGCAUAUCAACAAUGGCAGCUGCUGCUCUUGGCAAUCUGAUAUCUGAUCUGGCUGGUGUUGGGUUGGCUGGUUAUGUUGAGUCAAUAGCACAUAGGAUUGGUGUCCAACCUAAAGAACUAACCCCAGAACAAGCUGUGAUGAGGAAAACAAGGUGGAGUGCAGGAUUGGGUCGGGCUGUUGGCUUGGCAGUUGGUUGCCUUCUCGGAAUGUUCCCACUUCUCUUCCUAGAGACCAGAAUAGAGGCUGAAGAUUCAUCAAAAGAGGGCGACAUUUCUGAUGACGGAGACAAAUGACAGAAUUUACAGCUUGGAUGCAAAUCUAAGUAACACUUUGCAAUAAUUAUAUAUGCACAAACUCAUCUACAUUAGAUUGUUUGCAUAUUACUCAAGGUAAACAUGCUAAGAUUUGAGAUACAAUUUCUAGAGUGUUAUGUGAGGUUUUUUAAUCAUGCAAUAAAUUAAUGAUGUACAUGUAUGCAUGUUUUACUUACAGUGUCAAUUGUGUUUUUGCACUAAUCAUUGUUGAGUGAAAAACCUAGUCUUUGCUGAAGACGUAUUGCACCAUUUUGAUUAGGUCAUCUCUGCCCAUUCAAGUUUUGAGUUUACUCAAUUAAAUUGUGAAGAUGAUUUUGUAGGAAAUAGUUAAAUAAAUUGAAGAACAAGAAAUUGUUUUCUUAUCUGAGCCAGACCUAUUGGAAUGCUGCUUUUCAAUCCUCUAUUUCCUAUUCUAUGUAACCCCUCUUUCUUGCCCAGCCUAUUCUUUAUCCCUUUCCCCAUCAAUCCUGUCUAUGCUCUACGCUGCAGUUGUCUUCCAAAGGCCAUCUAUCUCACUGUCGUCAGUAUGAUAAUAAUAAUAAUAAUAAUAAUAGUAAUAUUUAUAAUAACCAUGAUAGUGGCUUCUUAUCUAUCUUGCUUAUCCGUCACUCAGUUAUGCUCAAGGCAAUUUAAUUUACAGUAUUUUCCUGCAAGGUAUAUACAUGUAUGGGACUACAUUUGAAUUAUGAGACCAGGGGUGGAUUUCACAAAGAGUUAAGACUAGUCUUAUUUCUAGUUACAUGUACAUGUAGGAUGCGUUACUCAUCCUAGGACUAGCCGUACGUUUUUCAUAUCUCUGUGAAAUCGACCCCAGCUCCUUUAUAGCACCAUGUAAUGGCUUAGAAGGUGCUGUGGCGCAAUAUGUUGCCAAUCAAACCAGGAACACUGGGGCAAACCAUUCUUUUUACAAUAUAAUUUUGGGACCAAAAGCUUUACGUCCCAUUCAAAGGACGAAUCAUUGUGGUGAAGUGUCUUGCUUAAAGGGAAACGUUGCCUUGGA